AUGUCGGACUCCAGAUCCAAGGAAAACAAGGGCAAAGCGCCCCAGACCACCGACUCCGAGUCUGACAAGAACCCCCAAAAUGCGGCCGGACAAGCCACGAUCGACCCCAAGGUGGCGGAGAUCCUGCUGGCCAACAACCCCGCCCUGAGGAAUGAGAUGGCCGGGAUGGACAAGGAAAAAGCUGCGGAGGCAUUGCGCAAGGCCGACAUUGCCGAGUUGCUGACCGGUCUCUCGGUGGGCGGCAAGAACCAAAAGGACAUGGCCUCGUACAAGUUCUGGCAGACCCAGCCCGUCCCUCGCUUCGAUGAACAGAACGACGCGGACGUUGGAGGUCCCAUUAAGAUGAUCGACCCCGAGAAGGUGUCAAAGGAACCGGAUGCGUUGAUUGAGGGCUUUGAAUGGGCGACGUUGGAUCUCACGAACGAGACCGAACUGCAGGAGCUGUGGGAUCUGUUGACGUACCAUUACGUGGAAGAUGACAAUGCCAUGUUCCGGUUCCGAUACUCGCAGUCGUUCCUACACUGGGCGCUGAUGUCCCCCGGUUGGAAGAAAGAGUGGCAUGUGGGUGUCCGAGCCACGAAAUCGCGGAAGCUUGUCGCUUCGAUCUGUGGUGUCCCUACGGAACUCACGGUUCGUGGCCAGAAAAUCAAGGUGACGGAGAUCAACUUCCUCUGUAUCCAUAAGAAGCUGCGGUCGAAGCGGUUGACCCCCGUUCUCAUCAAGGAGAUCACUCGUCGGUGCUACCUGAACGGCACUUUCCAGGCGAUCUACACUGCGGGUGUUGUCCUGCCCACCCCCGUCAGCUCGUGCCGGUACUACCAUCGCCCUCUGGACUGGCUGAAGCUGUAUGAGGUCGGUUUCUCUCCCCUUCCUCACGGCUCUACCAAAGCCCGUCAAAUCACCAAGAACCACCUUCCGAGCACCACCUCUACCCCCGGCCUUCGUGUGAUGGAGACUAAGGAUAUUGAUGCUGUGCACGACCUCUUGGUGCGCUAUCUGAACCGGUUUUUGCUGAACCAAGCCUUUACGCGGGAAGAAGUCGAACACUGGUUGGUACACAAGAAGGAGGUCAAGGAGCAGGUUGUCUGGUCGUAUGUGGUAGAAGACCCCGAGACUCAUAAGAUCACGGACUUCUUCUCCUUCUACAACCUUGAAUCUACCGUGAUUCAGCACCCUAAGCACGACUGUGUCCGCGCCGCCUACCUCUACUACUACGCCACGGAAACUGCAUUUACGGGCGACAAGAAAGCCCUUAAGGAGCGGCUUUUGCUUCUGAUGAAUGAUGCUCUGAUCCUCGCCAAGAAGGCACACUUUGAUGUCUUCAACGCGCUCACCCUCCAGGACAACCCUCUUUUCCUGGAGCAGCUGAAGUUUGGCGCUGGCGAUGGACAGCUUCACUUCUACUUAUAUAACUACCGGACCGCGCCCGUCCCCGGCGGCGUGAAUGAGAAGAACCUGCCGGAUGAAAGAAGGAUGGGAGGUGUUGGUAUUGUGAUGCUGUAG